GUGGGGCGCAGGCCGCGGGCCCUGCGCCCCGCGGGCGGCCUCCGGCGCGGCCCCGGCGCGCGCGGCCUGCGGCGCGCGCGCCCCGGCGCGCGGCCUCGCCGCGGCGGCGGCGGCGCCGGGGAGUGCGCCCCCGCGGGCGGGCGGGGGCGCCGGCGCUGCCGCGGAGCGCACGGGCACGCUGGCGAAGGUGGUGCCGCACAGGGGCUUCGGCUUCCUCCGGCCGGACGGCGCGCGGGCGGCGGACGACGUGCUGCUGCAUUGCUCCCAGCUUGCAGGGGGCGGGUUCGGGGACAUGCGCGUGGGCGUGCGGGUGCGGUACGCGGAGAGGACGGAUGCCCGAACUGGCAGGCGGCGGGCCACUGCCGCGGCGGUGGUGGAGCAGGGGGGGCCGGGCGGCGCCGCGAGCGGCGCGGCGCGCGGCGGUGCCGCCGGCGCCCGCUACAGCAGGGAAGAGCUCUUGACGGCCCUCGCCGUGAUGAUCGGGCAGCCCUCCCGUGGGUCACCCCGCCGCACGUUCUCGGUCGUCCGCGUUCCACCGGCGGGCUCGUCCGGAGGCGGCAGCGGCAGCAGCGGCCCGGGCAGAGCGGGGAGGCCGGGCGGGAGCCCCAGCGCGCCCCGCGCGAGCCUCGACGACGAGCUCCUCCUCGGGAGGCUGGAGCAGCGCCUCUCGAAGGAGUCGGGCUUCGACGACAAGAACGAGGAGACCUUCGGAGAGUGCGGCGGCUGGACCUUCGAGGAGGCGGUGGCCGCCAACGCGAGGCUGGCCGCCGCCCUCCCCUGCGGCCUGGGCGCCGCCGCGGGGCUGGCUGCCGCGGGGGCGGACGAGAACACUCCAGCUCAACGCUGGCGGGCAGCACCGCCGGCAGCGCCUCCAGCUCCGCCGGCCGCAGCCCCGGCGGGCCGUCCCGGGACGGGAGCCCCGGGGGCAGCCCGGCACUGCGCGCGGCGGAGGGAGCACCUGCCGCUCUACGUGCUCGCGGGCCUUCAACUCCAGUAA